AUGGCGCCUCGGAAGCUCAACGUGCUCGUAUAUACGGGUACGGGCACGACAGUAGAGUCCGUCAAACAUGCCAUUUACACACUGCGCCGCCUGCUAGCACCCAACUACUAUGCUGUCAUACCCAUCAACGAGACCGCCCUGCUCAAGGAGCCGUGGCCCUCGACCUGCGCAUUGCUCGUCUUUCCGGGCGGCGCAGACCUCGGUUACUGCCGCGUCCUCAACGGCGCCGGGAAUGCCAUUAUAGCGCAGUAUGUGCGUAGGGGAGGCGCAUAUCUUGGAUUUUGCGCCGGCGGGUACUACGGAAGCAAGAAGUGCGAGUUCGAAGUCGGUAAUCGUGGCAUGGAAGUGGUAGGCCCGAGGGAACUGGCCUUUUUUCCAGGAAUCUGCCGAGGUGGUGCAUUCAAAGGCUUUCAGUAUCACAGCGAAAAGGGCGCCAGGGUGGCCAGGUUGAGAGUUGAUCGGGAUGCUUUCAAGGAGGCUGGCGCUCUCCCCGACGAGGUGCUCUCCUACUACAACGGGGGUGGUGUCUUUGUGCCCCCGUCGAAUGGAACCGACGAAUAUCAGGUUCUUGCCAGCUAUGCUGACGAGAUAGCCGUCGAUGGUGGCGAAAAGAAGGCGGCGUUGGUAUAUUGCAAAGUGGGCAUGGGAUCUGCUCUGCUCACGGGACCGCACCCGGAAUUUGCACCGGCCAAUUUGAGUCCGCAGAACGAUGUUCCGGGUUACGAUGAUUUGAUUGCCACUCUCAAGGCAGCGGACAAGGACCGCGCUACAUUUCUCAAGGCCUGUCUCGUCAAGCUCGGGCUUGAGGUUAACCAAGAGACCACUGGUGUUCCCUCGCUCUCGCGCAUGCACCUCUCCGCUUUCAACAGCAGCGAUGUAGACGACUUGCUGCACGGCUUGGAAGAAGCCAUUACGAGAGAAGACGGCGAAGAGUACAUUAAAGGAGAACACGAUACCUUUCACCUCGAGAAACCGGAUACAAAGUGGAACAUGGAAGCUCUCAAGCGGACGCUCUCGCACGACAACCAACCUGCCAAUGGCGAAGGCAUCAUUGACUAUUCCACAAUCACCAAACGCGUCUUGAUCCACGACGAGACGUGGCCCGACACCAAGGAGACGCCCUACUUUAACCACCAUGUCUUUUACUCGGGUCUCAAGUCGUACCGCGAGAUUGACAGAGAGGCCCGGACCUGGGGUGACCAGUUCAUGUACGGUGAGGUGGUUACGAGCACAAACACCCUGCUGGAGAAGAAUUACAAGCUGCUCUCCCAGCUACCGACAGGCUUCACGCUUGCCGCCACAACGCAGAUCGCCGGCCGCGGCCGUGGCAACAAUGUCUGGGUCGCUCCCGCGGGCUCCCUCAUCAUGUCGACCGUCAUCAACCACCCGGCGCACCUGGCCGCGAGCCGGCCCAUUGUCUUUAUCCAGUACCUCGCCGCCGUGGCCAUUGUCGAGGCCGUCAAGAGCUACGACAAGGGCUACGACAAGUUGCCGGUAAAGCUCAAGUGGCCCAACGACAUUUACGCGCUGGAUCCGCGCCAUGCCGGCGAUGAUGCACCUCAGUACGUCAAGAUUGGCGGUAUUCUAAGUAACUGCGCCUACUCGGCCGGAUCGUACCAGAUUGUCCUUGGCAUUGGCAUCAACACCACCAAUGGCCGGCCUACAACUUCGCUGGACGCUUUGCUGCCCAGUCAUCUGCCACCCUUUAGGAUCGAAAGGCUAAUUGCCAGGAUUCUCACCCGGCUCGAGGUUCUCUAUGGCGAAUUUGUGCGAACAGGCUUCAGCACCGAGAUGGAACGAAAAUACUACACACACUGGCUUCACGGCCGGCAGAUAGUGACCCUCGAGGCCGAGGGCGGCGUCAGGGCUAGGAUUGUUGGUAUCACCAGAGACUGGGGCAUGUUGAUGGCAGAGGAACUGAACAGUGACGACAAGCCGACGGGUAAGAUGUGGGCACUCCAGAGUGAUGAAAACAGUUUCGACUUUUUCAAGGGAUUGGUGCGGCGGAAAGUAUGA